UUUUUCUUUUUCUUUUCCAUAAACCUCCGUAGGGUUUCAAAAUCCGAAUUCAACAAUGGCAGCAACUGCAAAUGCGAGUGAGCGUGAAGCUCCCAACGCCGUUAGAGCCCUAGAUGCCUCGCUCUGGUGGGAUUCCUUCAGUCACCUACUCACGGAGCUCGAAGACGUUUCCCUUUCCUCCGACCUCCCUCCUUCUCUGGAGAAGAAAUUGAAGGACAAUCAUGCGUGGUUUUUGGAAACUGUAAGAAUGUUUAAGCCACCGGACCAGAAAUCAAGGGAAGCGUUAGCACUGGAUUCCAAACAAUUAAAGCUAGGUUCGCAUCAAUUGACCAUUCAACCUGCUCUCAGAGAUGCCGCCCUCAAAAUUAGCUCUCUACUGUGCUUAAACGAGGUGCAGUCGUACAUUCUUGUUGAAAGAUCAGUUGAGCAUAAUUCCCUAUCAAUUGAUUCCAUGAUUGGCGACCUCCUUCACUUGGUAAUGGUUCAGUAUUACAUUGAGCGACAAUGUUUAUUGAAGUGUACAAGGCAGAUACUUAUGCAUGCUUUGUUUGUUGGAUCCAGAUCGAAGGAAGCUCAUGCUGUAUGGACAGAGGCUCAAAAGUUGGUAUCUGAUGGAUUGGAAGACAGAUCACUUUCUAUUCUAGAGGACCAUUUGUGUUCCAAUUAUCCUGAACAUGUGGAUGUUGACCUUUACACAUUAUGGGCUGAGGAGACUCUGAUUGAAGACAAUCUGGUUUUGGACAUAUUAUUCCUUGCUUACUAUGAGUGCUUUUCUGCUUGCAAUGGCAGGCAGUGGAAAAAGUUACUCUUGCUGUAUGAGGGUGCCAUUUCUGGUUCUUUCAAUUUUGCAAAACUGGCUAUAUCAGCAGAGGCAGCUCGCUUGAUUUAUUAUGCCAAAGUGCAGCUUCUGCUUAUUCUGAUAGAAACUCUGGACUUGGAAAAUCUUCUCCAAAUGAUCCAUGAUGAAAUUCCAUUUAGGCAGGAUUCAGUAGAUUUUUCCUUGGAUGAUAUUCAAGAAAUUGAUGCAAUAGUUUCUGGUAUAGAUGUUUCUCAAACAAGAGAAGCUGGCCCUUUAAUUCUAGCAUGGGCAGUGUUUCUUUGUCUCAUUUCAUCUCUUCCACCAAAGGAAGACAACAAUGAGUCGAUGGAGAUGGACCAUGUUAAUUAUGUCCGUCAAGCAAUUGAGGCUGCUUCUUUGAGUUAUUUUGUUCAAAUUUUGGAGAGCGAUAUAUGGAAGGAGUUAGAUGGUCCUGUUGCUGGUUAUCGAAGUGUUUUGAGGACAUUUAUAUCUGCUUUUGUUGCAUCAUAUGAGAUAAAUCUUCAGUUGGAGGAUAAUAACCUGAGAUUAAUACUGGACAUCCUUUGCAAAAUCUAUCGAGGAGAGGAAUCACUGUGUAAUCAGUUUUGGGACAGGGAUAGUUUUGUUGAUGGACCCAUACGGUGUCUCCUGUGCAACUUGGAGGGUGAAUUUCCAGUCAGGACUGUGGAAUUCUUGCGACUGUUAUCGGCCCUCAGUGAAGGAGCUUGGCCAGCUGAGUGUGUAUAUAAUUUUCUUGAAAAGUCUGUUGGGUUGUCAUCUCUAUUUGAGAUAAGUAGUGAUUCUCUGGUGGAUGGCGCCUCUAAGACUGUAGAAACUCAUCUACCUUUGCGUGUUCCUGGUGUUGAAGGUUUGAUCAUUCCUAAUGGUACCCGAGGUCAGGUUAUAAGAAUGAUUGACAGGAAUGUUGCUCUGGUGCGAUGGGAGUAUGCGCAAUCGGGGGUGGUAGUUCUACUUUAUCAUAUGGCCCAAGAACUGUUUAUUCAAAACAGCGAGGAAGUUCUGGUUAUUCUUGACUUGCUUAGUCGACUGGUGACAUUUAGCUUGUCUGUAUGCAAUGCUCUUGUGCUUAGUGGCAAGUCCUCGUGUGAACCAACGCCAUUGGAAGAGCAGCAAGAGCAUUAUGAGUGUCUUAAUGUGGUUGAGAUGCUAUGUACUUUGGUAAAGAAGCUACCUCCAACUUGCUAUGGAGCAGCACUUAUGUCAAUGAGUAUUAAUAUCUUGGCAAAGAUGUUAAAAUGCUCUCCAUAUUGUGUUGCCACAAUGACAGCCAAGGCAAAUAUUUUUGAUGUUGCCUCGAGGAUGAAUCCUUUUCAUACUAUAUCCAGUGGGUUAUAUAGUGAACCAUGGUUGCUUUCUGGAAAGCUUGCCAAAAUGCUUUUGAUUGACUGUGAGCAGAAUGAUUGUUCAUUGACCCUUUCAGUGCUGGAUUUCACCAUUCAGCUGGUCGAAACAGGGUUUGAAAAUGAUGUUGUGCUUGCACUUGUUGUUUUCUCCCUUCAGUAUGUUCUUAUCAAUCAUGAUAUUUGGACCUAUAAGAUGAAGCAUACUCGCUGGAAGGUGACACUGAAGGUGCUUGAAGUUGUUAAAAAAUGCCUUUUAUCCAUUUCAUCCAGCAAGCAACUUGGUGUGGUUAUCCACAAUAUUUUACUUUCUGAUUCUUCCAUUCACAAUGCACUCUUCCAAAUAGUUUGUACAACUACGCAGGGUUUAGAGAAACUUUAUAUCAGCCGCCUUUAUGAUCUUAUUGAUGUUGAAGGAUUAAAGCUGGCCAUAUCCGCUGGAUUGGAUAUUCUUUUUAACAUGCUCUCUCUUCUGUCUGAGGAUGUCACCAAUCUUUCACUAUUUCAUCAAGCAAUUUUAUCGCCAUUGACAAAACCAGUUCCUGUCGUAACUGCAGCAGUAUCUUUGAUGUCAUCCUUCCAAACUUCUAACAUACAGGUUAGUGCUGCAAGGCUGCUUUCCUUGUUAUUUAUCACAGGGGAUUCUUCAAGGUCAUCUGCAUUUGGCAAUGCAUGUCUUGGUCUGGAUGAUAAACAGAUAUGCGAGUUCAGGAGUUCUAUUUGUCACAUCUUGAGUGGGCAGUCACCAUGGAAUGAGGACCUCGUCAUUGCUACUUUUAGAUUGCUUACUUCGGCUGCAUGUUAUCAGCCUGCAUUUCUUGCUGCUGUUAUUACUUCGAAGGAAAAUUCAAAUGCCCAGUUAAGUGAUGUCCUUAGUGAGAAGCAUCCGAAUGAAGCUAAUCAUAGGCUGGAGUCAAAUGGCAAAAAUUUUUUAGAUGCAAUUCUUCAGUAUGUCAGGAAAUCUGAUGACCUUAUGAAGGGUAAACCCAAUAUGCUGUCAAAUGUUCUGAACUUCCUGAAGGCAUUGUGGCAAGGCGCUCCGCAGUUCACAAAUUUCUUAGAGCAGCUGAAGAACUCAGAAAACUUCUGGAAACAACUUUCUGAUUCUGUCAUGCUCAUCCCUCAUAAGCCAGACAAUCCAUCGGAAAACCUCACAGACAAGGAGCUUCAAAACUUAGUGUACAGUUAUUACUGUCAAUCUGAUUUAUUAGAAAUAAUUGCUUAUGAAAUUUUCCUGCAUAAGAAGCUUUUACACAGCGAGUUAGCUUUGAAAACAACUUCUGAACUAUCAAAAGAUCAAGUGGACAAGGUAGAUGGUUCCAGAUUAGCCAAAGAUGGAAGUAUAUGUGGUUUGAAGAAUUUGCUUUCAACCUGGUUCAAAAGCUCGCUGUUGGGUGACCUGAUAAAGUCAUAUGCCUCGUGUACCUAUGACUUUCAAAUGCACUUGCAUGCAAAGGUUUCUGCUAGCCUGUUUUCUGUACAUUCCAUGCUGAAACUCAAAGAUGGUGAGAUGGGAAGUUUGUCAGUGUCUCUCAUUGAAAAACUUCUUGUUUUGUCCAGAAAGUUGGUAAAUUUGCCAGCCUUCUCCGAAUUAUUGACUCGAUAUACACAACAUGGUUACAGUCUAGGAAAAGACUUGCAACGUUUGAUACUUAGUGAUCUCUUCUACCAUCUGCAAGGAGAGCUUGAAGGUCGACCAAUUAAUGACAGGUCCUUCAAAGAAAUGUUGCAGUAUCUGUUACAGUCAACAUUUUUGCAAACAUAUCUAUGCAAGUGCAAUGAGGACCUUCAAUUGCAUGUAAAGGAUGUUAACCUAUAUGACUUGUCUCGUCUGCAAUCUGACAUGGGAUUGGAGCUGUGGGACCUUCUUCCAGAGUGGAAAGCAUCUAAAUCAGUUGCAGAAAAAAUGUUGAACUGCUUGGAUAAUGUUAAUAAGAUGGUGUUGCUCAAAAAUUCCAAGCUUUCUGCUCUCAAAGCAUUAGUAACCAUGUUGUCCUUGUAUGGUGAUGACUCAGGUGAGAAUGGAGGCGCACUAGCUGGAACAAUCCCUGAGCAACUAACCUUGUCAUGCAUCAACCAUGCAUGUCAGUGUCUGCAUGCCACUAUAGAAUCAUUAUCUCCAGAUCUAGAUGUCAUUCAAGAUGUGCUUGAUAUCCUUCUGGCUCAAGCGGAAUUACUGCUGCAUCUGAUCAAAUCCAUAGGCGAAAACCUAUCUCUUCACUCAUGUAUUCUUGUCUUAAAAGCCUCAGGGCUGGGCCUUAAAGUGUUGAGUAGCUUUAAGCCAUUAGAUACUAGUCUGGGAGAAGCAAUGAAGCUUUUACUUAUGUUGGUUCUCUUUUCAGUCAACUUGAGCUGGCUGAAAACACAUUUGGCUGCUGGGAGUGCAACAGACUCUGUGGUUGAUGCUGCUGAGGCAUCUACUCUAAUUUUAGGGUUAUUACCCGUUAUUUGCCACUGUACUCAAUCCGCUGAUCAUUAUAAGCUCUCCCUCACUACGAUAGAUGUCAUACUGAGAGGUUUUUCAACAUCAGCUACUUGGAUUCCUAUUGUAGAAAAACAUUUACAGUUGCAUUCUGUUGUUCAGAAACUUGAAGAUGAAACUUCAGUUGGAACAAUUCCAGUGAUUUUGCAGUUCCUCUUGACCCUUAGCCGUGUGAGAGAAGGUGCUAUGAUGCUUGUUAAUGCUGGUUUCUUUGUAUCCCUAAGAGGGCUAUUAGCCAAGUUAUCUGAUGAUCAGCAUUCCUCUGUCAUUUGUGGUGAGAGGAGCCUCUCAAAUGCAUUUGACAGAAGUGAAAAGGCAAAGCAUAUAUGGGGACUUAGCUUGGCUGUUGUUACAGCUAUUGUUCACUUUCUGGGGGAUGCUUCUUCUUCGACUGGGAUUGUGGAUUAUGUUAUGGCUCACUUGUUAGUAGAGAAAGCUUUCUUAAUUUCUUAUUACCUUAGUGUACCAGAUUUCCCAUCAGAAGAUCAUGAUAAGAAACGAGCUCGAUCUCUUAAUAGGCAUACUACUUUAAGUACUCUUAAAGAAACAGAACAAACGCUUAUGCUGAUUUGUGUCCUAGCAAGAUAUAGGAAUUCAUGGAAUAAAGCUAUGAAAGAGAUGGAUUCACAGUUAAGAGAAAAGUGUAUCCAUUUAUUGGCAUUCAUCAGUAGGGGAAAUCAACAGCUUGGAGAAUUACCUAGAAGAGUUGCACCACUUAUAUGUCAUCCUGUUCUGAAGGAGGAGUUUGAGUGGUAUAAGAAACCAUCAUUUGUUAAUAGCAGAAAUGGUUGGUUUGUCCUUACACCUCUUGGUUGCGGUUUAGAUCCUAAAUUUUCUUCAAUGUCCUUGAGAACUACUUCCGUUGUUAGCAAAGAUCAAUUAGAUGACAUUGAAUUUCCAGCUUCUCAAACUUACUUCUCUGACAUUACAGCAAUUCAGAUAUAUAAAGUCACCUUUCUUCUUUUAAAAUUUUUGUGCAUACAAGCUGAAGGAGCAGCUAAAAGGGCUGAGGAGGUUGGUUUUGUGGACCUUUCACAUUUUCCAGAGCUCCCAAUGCCUGAUAUAUUGCAUGGUUUACAGGAUCAAGGAAUUAUUAUCCUCACUGAAUUGUGUGAAGCCAACAAGUCAAAGCUGGUUACUCCUGCGAUGCAGGACAUCUGUCUACUGCUCUUACAAAUAACAGUAAUGGCAUUACAUCUUGAACACUGCGUAAUACAAAUUUGUGGGAUUCGUCCUGUGCUUGGACGUGCUGAGGAUUUCUUGAAAAAUUUUAGAUUGUUCAUAAGAGUGUCGGAGGGACAGGCAUUUUUGAAACAGACAGUGAAGUCCUUGAAACAAAUUGUAUCAUUUGUAUAUCCUGAAUUGCAAGCUCAAGCCUUCAGUUGACAUGCUUGCUUAUGGUGGUGGAAGUUCAGAAAAGCGAUAUCCUUGAGAACAAGUUGUAAAAUGGGUAUCAGUUAUUAUUUUUUACUUUUAUUAGAGGAUGUGUCAUCCAUGUAUAAGAAAUGUAAGAAAUGUGAAGCUUCGGCUGUGAAUGUGUAGAUUUUUGUUUUGGGGUAAGGUGAAGGAAUGUUGAUACACAAUGUAAAAUGUGAAAUCUAAAUGUGCAUAUAGGUUAUGAUGAUAAUCUAUUUUGUAACAUGCGUUCUACUUUCCGCUUUCAAGAGAAAAAUGGCAUUUCCUGCUUCUGAAA